CUGAGCCCUCAUAGCUAUUUACGUAAAUUUCCUGGUUUACCAAAAUUGUACGAUUUUGUUUGAUAAUAUAAUAUAAAUAUUCAACGAUUGUUUUCAUGAAGAUUGAAUAAAUUUCUCUUGAAUAAACAGUGUUCUCCAAAUGAAUGUUUAUCUUCAAAUACAGAAAUAUAUUACCUGUUUUGGGCAUCUGAAGAAGUAAUUGACAUUGACAAUAGCUCACAGAGCCUUUUUGAAUCAAAAUAAAGGAAACUCUUUGGUCGUCAAAUUUACCUUUGAAAGCUUAUUGUCUAUAUAUGAGAACAGAUUUAUCUCUAUAAAACAUUUUAACAAAUUAAGAACAUUGUGAAUGUCGUCUCUUUGCAAACCUGUUUUUAUUUAACCGUUCCACCAAUCUCAAUAUAUUUUGGCGGCGACUCUGUAGGACGGUAACAUUGUUCAUACCAGUAAUUCAGUAUUUGCCCGACAUGCAAUAUGUUUUUGUUGCUGAUAUUGUUUAGUAGUGUUAUUGUAGAAGCACAGUAUGAAGUACCUGAAGCCCUGGUGGAACCAUUGUCGCCAAAAGGAUUCAGAGUGUCCAUACCAGAUGAAGAAGGUAUCAAACUGUUCGCCUUCCAUGGGAAGAUAAACGAAGAAAUGAUCGGAAGAGAAGCAGGGACAUUUUCUAGAGACAUACUCAAACCAAAAAAUGGAAGAUGGACAUUUGUUGAUACAGCCACCAAAUUGAAAGUGGGCGAUAUAAUUUAUUAUUGGACAUACGUAGAAUAUUCUACAGAUGGAUCAAAUAAGUUGGGAUUCCCAAAAGAUGACCAGAUGUUUACAGUUACAGGAUUAUGAAUUUGUUAUUUAUGCUAACCGGUCUGAAACACUCUUCAUCCGAAAUAGAAUUCUGAGAAUAAAGCCUGAGUUAACUGAUGAUGUUUUUGGCCCAGAAUCCGUUUAUAAAUCCUAUGAUUUUGGAGAAAAUUGUACUGCCAUUCCUGGAUCUCAAGACUGUCAAAUUAGACCAGACGCAGGUUUCAUUUUGCCACCUGUGAUUUCAUCACAAAUCAACACCCGUGGAAAAUUCUCAUUCAAAUAUGGAAAAAUUGAAAUAAGAGCUAAGCUUCCACAAGGGGACUGGAUAUAUCCAGAACUCUACCUCAAUUCUGUGAAUGAAGAAUACGGAUCUGGUUAUGACUCAGGACAAAUAAGAGUCGCGUUUACUGAAGGAAAUGAGGGAUCUGAUAAUGUUUUACGGGGCGGAGUUAUUCUAGGAUCAAGCACCUCCGCUAGGAGCUUUGGAAUGAAUUCAAUUGAGAAAAGUAAACGUUGGAGCAAUGAGUUCCAUAGAUUUGCUGUAACUUGGAAACCAGAUAAUAUCGUAUUGAGUGUCGAUGGAAAGGUAUAUGGUUCUAUAUAUCCUCCAACUGGUGGCUUUUCAUCAUUGGGACAAGAGUUGAGCAAUAAAAAUUCCGAACGGUGGAAAACGGGUUCUGUAUUGGCUCCUUUUGACAAAGAGAUGUUUAUCACUCUGGGUGUGGGGGUUGGUGGCUUCAACAUCGAAGAUAGAACAGAUGGAAGUAAGCCUUGGAAGAAUGGGGAGAGACUGAGUAUGAAAAAGUUUUACAAAGCCGCUCCCAAUUGGAAAACUACCUGGAAUGAUAACAGUUUGAUGUCUAUAGAUCAUGUAAAAGUUUGGGCAUUAUAACAUUAUUUCCAUCUUGCCAUUUUUUAUAUGAAAAAACAAUUUCAGAAAGCAAUAAAUUGAAUUGAUAUCAAA